AUGGCUAGCCAGGAAACAGUUGAACAGUCCAAAGGACAAACUGUCCCAGAGCAACCACAAUCCACUCAGAAUGAGAACAAACAACAAACAAACAACAACAAAUCUCAAGUGAACAGUAAUAAUAACUAUUCCAAACAAAAUAGAUUUAACGCUGGUUCCAAUUAUUACAAACCAAAUAUGCAAUGGCAACAACAGAAAUUUUAUAAUGGUUAUCCAGCCUACAACCCAAUGCAACCACAAAUGGGUAUGAACACCCCAGCUAUGGAUACUCAAGGGUCUAAUGGAAUUCCCACCAAACCAACCGUUACUGCUCCUGUUAACAACGAGGAAGAGUUGGCUGCAAAAGCUAAAGCAGAACAAACUAGAAAAUCCUUUGUUGAAGAGGUUAAACGUCGUAAAGCUGAAAUUGAAAGAAAAAAGCAAGAACAAGAAGCUUUGAAGAAGGUAGCCGAAGAGGAUAAAUUGAAGGAAGAAGCUGAAGCUAGAACUAAGAUGGUUGAAGAAGCCAAGAUUAAAGCAGAUGCUCUUGCUAAGGCCAGAAAGGAAGAAGAAGGGAACACCAAGACAGAAGAAGAAAUAAAAACCGAUUCCCAACCAAUCAUUUCUUCUCCAACUACUGACAAUUCUACAAACAAUAACGAAGAACAAAAAGUGAUGACUUUUGCCGAACGUAUGAAGUUGAAAAAACUUCAAAAAGGUAGUGAAGAAGGUUCUUCCGAAUCCAUUACAGAUUCUACUGACGAUAAAAAGACAUUAACUAACAACGAAGAAGAGAUUAACGAAGAAAAACUUGUCGAACCUACUGAAGCUGCUGAAACCACUGAACCAAAAGAAACUAUUGUGUCAAAGGGAACUACUGAUGCAACUACAGAUGAAAAUGAAUCCAAAUCAAACAAAGUGGAAACCUCAAACACUGAGGUUGAUCCAAAUGCUGUUACUAUUUCUGAUAUUAUAAAGAGAAUUUCAGAAGUUCCUCCAAUUACAAAUAUAUUCGAAUUCAAAUACCCAGAGGGCAUCAACGGUCCAGAAGAAAAGUAUCAAAAGGAAACUGUGAAAUAUACUUAUGGCCCAGCCUUCUUAUUACAAUUCCAAACUCCACUUAAGGUAGUUGCCGAUGCUGCCUGGAUGCAAUCCACCGGUUCAAAAAUUGUUAUCCCGCCAGGUAUGAACAGAAAUAAUAGAUCAAGAGAUCCAAGCAAAUUUGGUGGUCGUGGUGGUGACUUCAGAAGUAAUUCAACGAGAGAUGGCUCUAACUCAAGAAAUUCCUCAAAAAGAAAAUCUAGAAAAGAUGAUAGAAGAUCCAACAGAUCAUACACUUCAAGAAGAGACCGUGAAAGAAAUUCUGAAAGAAAUGAAGACAAAAAGGAAGAUAAACCAAAGGAGGAAGUCGCACCACUUGUUCCAACUGCAAACAGAUGGGUUCCAAAAUCUAGAGCCAAAAAGACUGAAAAGAAAUUUGCUCCAGAUGGUGUUACAGAAUUAUUCGAAAAACCUGAAAUUGAAAGUAAAAUGAAGUCUUUGUUGAAUAAAUUGACCUUAGAAAAAUUUGACACAAUUUCUGUUGAUAUUUUGGACUUAGCAAAUCUAUCCAGAUUUGAGACUGAUGGUAGCACACUAAAAACUGUUAUCGAACAAGUGUUUUUAAAGGCUUGUGAUGAACCACAUUGGUCGUCCAUGUAUGCUCAGUUAUGUGGUAAAGUUGUCAAAGAACUGGAUCCAGAAAUUGCUGAUGAGACUAAUGAAGGUAGAAGUGGUCCAAAACUGGUCCUUCAUUAUCUUGUUGACAGAUGUCAUACUGAAUUCCAAAAGGGUUGGACUGAUAAACUUCCAACAAAUGAAGAUGGUUCUCCAUUAGAACCAGAAAUGAUGUCUGACGAAUAUUACCAAGCAGCUGCUGCAAAGAGAAGAGGUCUAGGGUUAGUCCGUUUCAUUGGUUACUUAUACCGUUUGAACCUAUUAUCUGGUAAAAUGAUGUUUGAGUGUUUCAGAAGAUUGAUGAAGGAUUUGAAUGAUAAUCCAUCCGAGGAUGUUCUAGAGUCUGUUGUAGAAUUAUUAGAUACCGUUGGUGAACAAUUUGAGACCGACAGCUUCAAUGCUGGUCCAGCUGUUCUAGAAGGUUCCGCAUUAUUAGAUAGUUUGUUCUCAAUCAUUUCCUCUUUAGUCAAAGAAGAUGACAUAUCGAAUAGAAUGAAGUUUAAAUUACUAGAUAUUAUAGAAUUGAGAGAGGAAAAGAAUUGGAAUAAUGGUAAGAAGGAUGCUGGUCCAAAGACUAUUCAACAAAUUCAUGAAGAAGAUGAGAGAGAACGUGCAUUAAAGAUGAGUUCAAGACAGAAUUCUAGGAGGGGGAACAACUCUAAUAGAAACAAUUCUAGGAGAGAUCAACAAUCUGCAUCAUACAGGGAUAAAGAUAACUUUGUUACAACAAGAUCUUUUUCACAAAGAAAUAACCAAAAACCACAACCAGCUAAAGAAGAAGUCCCUGCUCCAACUGCUGCAAGUAAUAUGUUCAGUGCCUUAAUGAAUCAAGAUGAAGAGGACGAAUAA